CACGUAUCGCGCCGGCCGGUCGACCACGACCGCAGUUCCGCAACACGUCGCGUCCCGUCCGCGUUUCUGCCGCCAAAGCCGCGAGACUUUUUCUGGCCGUCCGUCCGACCCGCGCGUGUUUUUCCGUGCCGUUCAAAGUGUUUUCUCGCGGUUGUUUGUUUUUCCGUCCCGCGUGUCGCUCAGCGUUACGUUUUCCGGGGACAAGUUCGCUCCUCCCCCCCAACCCCCCACCCCGAAACGAGGUACGGCCGACGCAGUAUUAUUAACCGCAAGUCCGGAUACCCGAAGACAUACGCCCUUACGUCUGGUAAGUCGUUUUUGAAAAUCGCGUCUGAUCCCCCGCACGCGCACCGCGCGACGAAUCCCCGGUGUUUUUUUUUCAUUACGCGCGUAGACGGCGCGUUUCGCGAUCUGUACGACGGGCGAUCGACCCGCGUAUCGAGAAGUACGGAAACCCCCGACACACCCCCCCCCCCACCCGCAAGGCCGCGGCCGCGAUAAACGGUAACGGGCACUACUGCUCGUGUACAUUGUUCGGCUACCCGAUAAACGCGGUCCGUCCCCGCCGCGGUGUAUGACGGCUGCCGAAAAAACGAAACGCCGCCUCGUUAACGGAAAAUAAUAAAAACCGAUAAAAAUGCAUUGAUAUUACGAUUGCAACGUACGAGAGGAGAGCGGGUGCCCCCCCCCCGGCCACGGCCCCGAAAACAAUACGGCGUAAUACGACGCGGCGUUCAUCGCGCGCGCUCGUUAUUAUUAUUAUUAUUAUUGUUAUUCCGGCGAUCAAUCAUUUUCGCUCUCCGUUAUUGUCGUUAACGAAACGCCGGAAUUUUCUCGGUUUACUGCCCACGCAGCGCGGUUUAACCGGGUACGCGGUGUAAUAAACCGUUACGCAAUAGCAAAAGUGCCUGUUACUCGUUACAAUAACAAUGACGCGUAACAUACCGACCGGGUACGAUGCGCGAUGCGAUUUAUAAUAAUAUUAUUGUUAUUGGAUAGUUAAAACAAAAACGCGUGUCCCGCCGAUUCAAUUAUCGCCGUCGCACUGUGCGGGACGCGAAUACCCGCGGCCGCGCCGUACCCCGGUUUAAAAACAACGAAAAAAACCGCACCGACGGGACAUGCCCCUCGGAGACGUUUUUCUUUUCUUUUUUUUUCUUUAAUCGGCGGCGGAUUUGAUUUCGUCUCCCGGGGGAGACCGCUGUCUCCCCGGACGAUAUCGAACGCUACCCACCUACCCAUCGUUACGCGGUUUUACGGCGUCCGCCGCUAACCCGCCCGGGCACCAUAAAGCGAUGGCCGUGACUAUUGAUGGCGCGACCGGGAUUUCGGGCCGGGGGGGGAGGGGGAGAGAACGCUCUUUGCGAGGGCUUCGGCCCGCGCCAGAGUCCCCCGAGACGGUGGAGCGGUACACUUUCGCCGACACUCCGCGACGCUCUGUCGCCCUUUUUGUGCGAACAGUGCGUUGAUGUUUACAGACGUUUUGUAUCGCUUAAUAAAAUUCAAAAACGUAAACGUAAACGAUUCGACAAGUACGAAAGGUCCGAAAGUAGAAUUCAUUUAACUUCGCCUCUCGGUGUGAUAUUGAGUUCGUUACAAUGUAAAGUCAACGGUACAAAAUAAGACGCGUGCGCAUUGCGCACUGCCGUAAAUAGCGUGACACUUGACAGUUUGUAAAAUCAAAUCCAAACGACGUUUUGAACUGCUCAAAUUAUUUAUCAAUCACAUCGCCAGGCGUUCCGCCGACUUCGUAACGGACUGAUAACAAUUUGAUCGUAUUUACGAACCGAAACAAAACGUUGAUAGCACAAUAGAAACGAGCAAAUACAACCACGAAAACUCCGAAAUUUCGUUGUUGACAGAAACGAAUAAUACUUGAUAACGCGAUAACACGGUACGUAACCGCCGAAUGAUUACCGAUAACAUUACUCCGUGUAUCUAAGAAGGUAAUCGCCUGCAAACGAUGACGUCUCGAUUCGAGUCCGCGCGCGGUUUUUUUUUUUUUUUUGCUCAUCGGGCGUUUUCGGUAGUCACGGUAGCCGAACCGACCCGGAUCUUGAAUCGAUUUAUUAUUGUUUCUAAUUUCUUAGUUUUACAACGGUUAAUGUCCAAUGGUCAACGAGUACCCCCUAAACGUCGCGUCUUAUCGAAACAACACCCAAAAAAGCACAAAAAUACGACGCGCGCGAUCCGAGAUUGAAAAACACGGUGUCGGGACAGACUUUGCCGUUUCGCCGGUCGGUGUAAUUGUCCGUUACAGUAUUACGGGACAGGCGAUAAAGGGUCGCGGCCAUCAAUUAAACCGCGUUAGAAUUCGCUCGUGAACCCGGCCGCGCCGGAUUCUCGAAGGUCCGCCGAACCGUCAAAAGCCGUUUCCGAUUGGUCGCCUGCCGUCGUCGGCGAAAUCGUUUUCCGGUAUUCACCUCCGUAAUGUAUUGCGUUUUGUCGAAAGUAAUUCAAUUAAUUCCCGAUCGUUUGCCGGCCGAGACGCGCGGCGAGCCCCCGAGGCUCAGUCUACCGCAGGUGUCCGAACGGAAAGCCUUUUUUCACGGUCCACCGGCCGCGCGCGUCCGACGAUUUCUAUCGGACGCGCGGCCGUUUGUUUUCCCGACGGCGGUUCUUUUACCGAGUUCGCUCGUCCGGUCCGGUUCCUGCGAGGAACCCCGGGGGUGGGAAAUCUCGACGGUGGUAUAUUUUUGUUAUGCGAAGAACGUCGGCGGGUCUCCCGUUAUUCCUCGACGGGCGGGCAUAACGAGUGAAUAAUAAUAACAACAAUAAUAAUAAUGUACAAGGACAAUAACGAACGCUUUGAGAAUAAUCCGGAGAUGAAUAAUUCAUCGGCGGGCCGCGUCGAGCGCGCGCGUCUCGGCCGGUGCGUGCACGAAAUUCACCGACAUUUUUAAAAACCGCAGCCGCGCGCGGUCGCCGCCGCCGCAGUACGGUUAUGGCCGCGUAAAAGUCGAAGAGCACGCCCGCCGACCGACCGUGCGGGCACCCAUAUUAUUACGAUGACGAUGAUAAUAAUAACAAUAAUAAUAAUAAUAAUAUCGUUUUCGUCCGGCUGUCAUUAUUUCGUUGCGCGUCUCCGAUAACAUUGCCCGUGUUAACCGCCGCGCGGCGUCCUCUCGGCCGUGUGUUCUAAAUGACGGUCGUUGUUUUUGUUGUUUUUUUCGCGACAAACCGCGCACGUUCAAAUGCCGCGGUUGAUUCCCGUGUACCGCGAUGACGUCGCGAUCGUCGGCCCUUUCUCCCGUCCCCUCACGCCUCCCGCGUCCCGUUUAGACCGAACGCGCGAAUCGCUCCGGCGGUGCACCCUGCGGUUGCCCAUCGGUCGGACGAUCUGUUUUGCGCCGCGUGCCUGCGCGCGCGCGCACUUGUACCGCGGUUGAGCGGUCCGACCGCAGGACCGGUCCACGGUGUUCCGCGGCCCCGGGCUGACAUUCUAGCCGCCCUUCCGACGUCGGUCGACAGUGCGUUUUGUUAUAACAUUCGUAAUAUUUACGAUUUGAAAAUGAUACAUUUCGUAAAUUUGCCGGGUUUUCCCAUUUAUUAUGAAAUCCCCGGGGAGAAUCAAAAAAUGACAUACUUGACGUACCGCCCACAGUCAAAUCUCCAUUCGGUAAAAGGCGUACAUUUGAAAAUCGGAGCAAAAUUUCCGGUAGAAAAGUCGUUAAAAAAAAAGUAAAAAAAAUGAACAUCGUUGUAAAACCCAAUACAUUCCUCGGCCCGUUCGGGAAUCUAAAAUUGACGUUCGCGCCCCCCGUGAACGCGAAUUUUUCGCACGGACCGACAAUAGUAAUUGUUCGUAUCGUCACUAAUUUUAAAGUUUUACACGCUCGUGAAUAAUGGCCGGGGGGGGAGUGAUGAUAACAAACCAGUACUUAAAAAAAAAAAAAAAUAAUAAUAAUAAUAAUAAUAAUAAUUUGUUUAUUUACGAACGAGUGUCCUACCCGAAAUCACCUCGUCGGCGGCGGCGACCGAUUCAAUCGGGGAACGACCCGAUUGUCGCCGGUAAAUAAUGAAUACAAUAAUAAUAAUAAUAAUAACAACAAUAACAAUAAUAUGUUAUUAUUUUCCCUUCGCAGAGUGCCUACCUGUAAUAGAAUAUAAUAGCAGUGGCGUUGACAAAUCUCGAAAAGAGAUACGCUUCUCGUCACGAUCACGAACUCUCAAUAGUAUUGUCAUUCUUUUUGUUGACGGCGGAUCCGACUCGAUUCCCGGAGACCGCUCGUUUUUUUUUUUAUGACCCGUCCGCUCGUCGUUAUUUCUCGCGUGUCCGAUAAAUGCGCGCCGUCCGAGCCGCCGUUUCGCCGCGGUCGGACUGUGUGUGUGUGUGUGUGUUUCAUCACGCGCGUAUAAUUACGCGGACACCGGAAAAAAAAUUCGGACUCCUCUGUAUUUUGUCGAGGCGUGUUUAAUGCGCAAUCUACGUGUUACGUUAACCAACGACAAUAUUGUUGUAGCGUCGGACGCGUAUCCGAAUUAUAGACGCGCGCGCCGUGCGUGUUGUUCCGAUGGGUUCGUAUGGGCUCGUAUCAUAAUAUUACGUUCAUCGCGCACAAAACAUUAACGAGUUGUAGCGUAUUAUUUCGAUUAUUUCGUGCGACCUUCGCCGUAGCAACACACGCGCUCGCGCGCAUACGUACGCACGCACGCAUACUCGGGCCCCCGUACGAAUCGAAUCGUUGACAGCGGUGCGCAUUGUGCGCGUAUAGGGUUGGUGCAGUGCGGUCUGGCGGUCUUUAGAGAAAAAAGACACUCGCGCGUAUUAUUAUAUUAUUUUUCGUGCGUGUUGAAUAAUGUUUCUGGUACAAAAGUCCUUUUGUGAGGCGCGCCGUGAAUCGUAUUUAUUAUUAUUAUUAUUAUUAUUAUUAUUAUUGUACGACGACGACGACGACGACGUAGGUAUCCCCGAGGACAGAGAGAGAGUUGACCGGAGCGGAGUAUGGCUGGCUCGGAGGACAAUAAGAAAUCCCCGGGACCCUUAUAUUCUCCGUAUUCGUCGUUCGCUCGUUAUAUUCGGGCGGAACACCUUGUUCCCAGAUGUUUUGGCACACACACACACACACACACACACACACACACACAUACACACACACAUGCGGGGAUUUCGACGGCGGAUAUAUAAAUUCCUUUGUUGCGGGACGGCUGCGGCGGCUGCCCGGGCCUACCCUACGUACGUGCAUCACUCCUCGCCCCGAUCGUCAAAGUCUCUGCGCGUACGCGGAGAAAAAUCGCGUUUUAUUGCCGACGUGUUGGUUUCUUUCGCGCUUCCCUAAAUAUCCGGCGGCGGUCGGCCGCCAUAGAAUCGAGUGGUUCCAAACCGCCGCCGGAGGGCAGGCAAUUGGGCCGGACGAACGAAAAACCAGACGGAUCCGAUGUAAAAACUACGCGCAAAAUUCUAUUCGAAUUCCAUUUGCGCGUUUAUUCUUAAACAGCGGUUCCCGAAUUUUCGUAUUCCACGUCCACAUUGUGAAAUCGUUCGCCUCCCACUCCUCUUUUAACAACACGAUGAACAAAACAAAAAAAAAAAAAAAGAUCAGAACUAUACCCCACCGCCCAUAUCAUCUCUACCUAAUUACGGCGUAAUCUUUAUCGAUAACCAAUCGUCAGUCAUCACAUAGUAAUUUUUAAUUUUUCCUCUAUGCAUUGGAAAAAAUACACGGGUUUACUUCUUGAUAACUGCUUGCGCCUCCCCAGCAAUUCGUUCAUGCCCUCCCCUGUUUUUUACGGAAACGCCGUUUUAAAGGUUUUAUGUCGCGUUGAAAUCCGUUUGUUUUGAAGGUUUACGACUGUGUAUUCGUAGGCGUAAUAAUAUGAUGGGAAAUGCAAUUCGCACGGUCAAACGAUAAUAAAACACGGCGACCGGCGACGUGGUUUACGGCGUCGACCGCGAUCAUUUUCGGAUUGUGUUCGCUCGCAAAUGUCUGGACGGUUUACGGCGUCUACGGCGUACGCACGUCCCGUCGAUCCGAGGAACACGCGGAUCGACUGUGCGCGUUGCCGUCCGUCGGCCGCGUCCAGUUCGACCGUAACGCCGCCGUAUGGGUGAAUACCGCCGGCGAACGUCGUGUUAUUUAUUAUAAUUUACGCGUGGCGGAGGCGUUGUUGUUGCCGCCGCUGCCGUUGCGAUCGAACCCGAAUCGCGUUAAAAAGGAUUGACGCCAACGCGGCACGCAACCGUGUCGGCGGCGGUUCCGUUUGAAAUCAAUCGAAUCGUCUGAUACGUGUGUGCGCGCCCCCGUACACGUAUACGCGUCAGUAUAUUGUAUUACUUGAACGGACGUGUGUUACGUUCUCUGUUAUUGAACGGAAAAACGAAAAAAAUCCGCUGAGCACGAAAAACGCGCGAGUCUCGGAAUAAAAACCUCCGUGGGGGGGGGAGAGGGGAACAAAGAAAAAAUCUCCCCCGACCCUAUUAUCGAUAAACGGGCACGGCGUAGCCAGGACUUUUUUUUUUUUUCGUGGAGGUGGGAUCCGAACAUACAAUUUAUCACCAACUGCACCAAUAAUUGUACAGACAAUUUGAUUUUUUGGCGAGGAGCUUAAAUUUACGGUGGGGUGGGGGAGAGACGUGGUCUAAACGCCAUUACCUCCUGGCUACGUGCCUGUCGAUAAACGUAUACAGUGUGAUUUUUUUAUCAUGAACUAGCAAUUAUCUCAGAGGACUUUAAGUGAAUUUGAUUUCUGUUUUUUCUAAUCAUUAUGGAACCGUUUUUAAGUUUUGUUUAAAAACCAUUUUUAAUUGUUUACCCCUACUCCAUAUACGUCAUAGACAGACAAUUUAUUACUCUUCCCUACUCCCCUGGUCGAAACUUUAAACUGUUAUAACUCAUAAACGCUAAAUUUGUUACGUCAGUGUUACGCAUAUCAAAAUUUCUAGAAAAAUAAUCUCUAUUCAAAUCUGCGUUCGAAAGUAAGGGGGAUUCCUAUUUGAAAAUCAAAAGUAUGCAUUUAUUUGUGGUAUAUGGAGUAGGGGUGAAAAAUUAAAAAUGGUUUUAAAAUAAAGCCCAAACGAUUCCACGGUGAUUAGAAAAAACAGAAAUCAAAUUCACUUAAAACCCUCUGAGAUAAUUGCUGGUUCAUGAUAAAAAAAAUCACCAUGUAUAUAUUCAAUCGACAAUUAAUGUAUUGGUGUUUAUUUACCAAAAAAAAAAAACGUUUCGACCAACAAGACUCGCAGAUAUAAGAAUCAUUUUCGAUAAUCGGCAGACAGUGAAAUAUUUACGAUUCCAACAGUUCAAAAACGCUAAAUAAUAUAAUCAGCAGAUACCGUUUAGUAUUUUAUUCGUUUACUGCUGUGUUGAUGAUUUAUUUUUGUGGAAUUCGAGAAUUUUCAAAAAUGACGGGUUGUGAAUUUUUUUCCGAAUACUUAUAGCAAUGGUUUGGUUCCCUGUAUGUUUAAAUAUCCGCUCAACAAUGUUCUUAUAUCAACGAAUUGUAUUUGUAUUUAUUUAAUAUUAUCCAGACGGGUCACUAGUCCAAAAGCAAUUUUAAUGCAAUUCGUAUAAAAUCUUAUAUAGUGUACAAUUGAAAUUUUUACUGUCUACUAAACAAAUCUACAGUUUUAUUCCGGUAUCGAUGAUGCUUUGCAUGACUUUUGCAUGAAUGCUUGACGUUUAAAAGUAAAAGGAAAAUCGCCGUCAGCUUAUGAUCCCGUGAUUCAACCCAUAAAAGAUGGCUGACACAGGAUUCUUGGUAUUCUUGGACGAAAAUUUAUUUUUUUUUUUCUGUCUUUCAAUGGGAUUACCUCGGCGACACGGGCGAAAAAAACAAUUAUUAUCGUUUAAUUUGGUUGUCGCAGACAAGAGAACACAUUUUUAUUAAAUGUAAAUUACCGGGCAACAAUGAUUUACUGUAAUACGAGGUCGGAGACGCGUUAAAUUGAAUUUCUUUUAUUGAUUUCUGUUUUUGAAAGGAUUAAUCUCGGCAUAUACCGAGCGAUUCAGCUGUAAUAAUAUAUAAAGUAUAUAAUACCACUUAAAUACCGACUACGCGUUUCUAUUAAAUUCACUAAAAGAUCUAAAUCAUAGCUACGCAUUAGCCAGUUCAGUCAGUUUCAUAUUGUAGCCGGGAAAGAAUGUUAAAAAAAAAAAAAUCAAACGAGAUAUUUUCUCGAUACCGACAACGCGGAUGUUUAAUGACAGUGUUAAUAGUUUCCAUUAAAAAAAACGUUAUUAAACGGUGUGAAUAAAUUAUACUGGAAGGCACCUACGUAUAUACCCAUAGAUAUAUUAUAUUUAAGUUGAGUUUUUUUUUUUUUUUUAUUCAUAUACUAUAUUUAGUACCGUAUUAUAUUAUAAUUAUUAAUGAAUUAAAAACCGUAAUCUGUUCAGAAAGUGUGUUUAAAAAAAUAAUAAACUUAUGUUUUACGUAACUUAAUUACUGUAAGAACGGGAGUAGUAUAAAAUAGCCUGUUCUAAAUCAGGAUCAAGGACGAAGCUUAAUUUGAGCAAUCAUUCAGCAUUGUUAAGGUUGGCGAUGACGUCAUCAUAAGGAUAGCAAAUAAAAUACUAUUCUGAGCUUAUGACAUUUUAUUGAUUAUUUACAAAAAUUUGACAUUGUGUUCAUAUAAUUAAUAUUUAUUUUUUAUAAAACAUUAUAUUUUUUCAAAUGGUUAUAUAUUCACGUGUAUAUACAAUGUGACUCGUGUUAUACAACGUGACUUUUAACGAUUUAUCAGGCGGCAACGGGGUAUAUAUACUUGAGGCCUUUGCAUAACUAAUUACAGUUAUCCACGACUAUAUCUAUUAGUAAGACCUACCCAAGGCGACUUACAAUAGCUCUGUAACUCGUGGUACCAUAAACACGUGACUAUGUCAUGCAACGACGAAACUAUGCCGGAAUUGAGCGGAUCGAAGCCGUUUCAGCCCGAUUCCGUCGAUUCAGAGAAACGCAAACGGCAAGUACAACGACCGUUGGCUGCGAAAAAGACCAAAGUGGAGAAAACGAUGACUACACCAGUGAAGGAUAUAUACCGACUGGUAUUGACGAACUACGAAUUAGACAUGGAGGAGGAGGACGAUUUGAUUCAGUUGAUAGAGUUGACAGUUCCCCAGACCGACAAUGGGAAUUACACGGCUAUGCAUCUGAUUCUGAUGCUUCUAUUUUGUCUACGGGCACAUUUGCCAGUGGUUACAAUAGUGGCGAAAUUGAAGACUCUGAGUAUGGAAUCUCUGUUGGCAGACAACGGAGCCGACGAACAAGUUUGGACUGUGAUAGAGAGUCAAUUGCCGAGGCUGAGAAAGAGUUUGAAGACGUCGUGAGACAAAUUACUCGUGUCUCAUAAAGUAAACACGUUCACGGUAGACGCAGAUAUGUUAGCCUUGUCGUUUUUCGCCUAGAUCUGUCGGCGUUGAUGCAGUGUUGCAAGAACUUACAAUGCUCAAGAGCAUCGAUAAGUCCCAUUUGCUUGGGCGCAGAUAUGUCCAAUGUGGACGUGCUCGUCAUGGGCCGCAAUAAUGUAUCAAUGCCCGGGAGGCCGUCGUUUAAUGUUUCGCGUAAGUUUCUACAACACUGCAUCAACGCCGACAGAUCUAGGCGGCAAAACGACAAGGCUAACAUAUCUGUGUCUACCGUGAACGUGUUCACUAUAUGAGACACGAGCAAUUUGUCCCACGACGUCUUCAAACUCUUCCUCAGCCUCGGCAAUUGACUCUCUAUCACAGUCCAAACUUGUUCGUCGGCUCCGUUGUCUGCCAACAGAGAUUCCAUACUCAGAGUCUUCAAUUUCGCCACUAUUGUAACCACUGGCAAAUGUGUCCGUAGACAAAAUAGAAGCAUCAGAAUCAGAUGCAUAGCCGUGUAAUUCCCAUUGUCGGUCUGGGGAACUGUCAACUCUAUCAACUGAAUCAAAUCGUCCUCCUCCUCCAUGUCUAAUUCGUAGUUCGUCAAUACCAGUCAGUAUAUAUCCUUCACUGGUGUAGUCAUUGUUUUCUCUACUUUGGUCUUUUUCGCAGCCAACGGUCGUUGUACUUGCCGUUUGCGUUUCCCCGAAUCGACGGAAUCGGGCUGAAACGGCUUCGAUCCGCUCAAUUCCGGCAUAGUUUCGUCGUUGCACGACAUAUUCAUGUGUUUAUAAAGGUAUUUCCCUUGAAUUUAUUAUAAAUAUAAAACUUUAUCAAUGUAAACCAUUAACUAAAACUUUGUCUUGGCUAUUCGAAAUCUCUAGUUUGUCACCGACAACAUUAUAUUAUAUACUCCGAAAUACGCCCGGCAAAAUUAGAAUAUCUGCAGUUGGAGGAUUUUGUUUCGUUUUUGCAGAGACGUUAUGCACUUUGCAGUAUCCUCCUCCGGUUUUAAAGUUCCUAUUAUACGAUCGCGUUAAAAUUUAUAAUACACUCUAGCGUUAUCGAAAGUACAGGAGUUAUUUACGCGAAACAAAAAUAUUAUUAUUUACAUGCUUUUUAUCAAAGGGGGGACGUGUAUUGACGUGUUUCGAGUUUGUAUGUUGGAAACGAGUAACGUCGAACAGGUGCGUUUACAAAAAAAUAUUUCUGGGAGUGAGAAGUUAAGAUUUUAGACUUUCAUACUCUUGUAACAAAGAAGUUUGCAUACUAUUUCAAUUGUAUGAUAUUAUUUAUUUUUCUUAAAAAUGUCAAUAUUUUAUACCAUUCAUUUUUAACUAAAUGAUACCGUAAUUCAUCAUAUCAUUAUUGCGACGAUAAUGCGCGGACUACGAAAUAUCGCCGUGUCAGUUAUAAUUUCACCCACUAUAUCUACAGAAAUAGAAUUGAAAUAAAACCGAAAUCGUAUUUUAUCAUCUUCCUCGUUGGCGGAAACCACUUUUGAGACUAUUAAAAAUCUACACUUUCGUCGUGGUCUAUGUGAAAUUCUAUGGUUCGUACCCAUCCCCCCACCCAUUGUGCACGUUGCACACGCACCUAUCGCCGAACACCUAUCGGAGUCUAUGAACGUUCGGCGUCUGUGAUAAUUUAUCACCGAAUAAUGAUUAAUGCCGAUCGUACGUAACCUAAAAAAAAAAAAAAAAAAACUGUUAGGUAUUCGUGUGUCGAUCGGCGUUAAUUAUUAAUCAAAUACGCGAGUUCAAAAGCCGUCGUCAUAAUAUUGUUCCGCAUACCGCGAUGCCCGUGUAUAAUACAACGCCGUGUAGUUUUUUGUACGGGAGCGAAAACCGCGUGCGGCGUGACGUGUACGUGCGCACAGUCCAACGGUCGUAAAAAACAAAAUUAACACAAUAAAUCACAGUCGCGCGCGUGAAAAAGGAGAAAACGUUUUGUUCGAAAGAAAUCGGUUGGUUUUUUUUAUUUAUUUUUUCAUUUUUAACACAUACGUACACACACACACACGACGACUACGCGGAUAUUCCGCGAGCGACGGAAAACAAAUCGCUGUAAACAACGUGCAAAAAAUCGCGGCGCGCGAUAUUUCCACGUCGGAACGUACAAAUAAAAGCGGCUUGAUGCGAAAACGUCGGGGGAUUCGGUCCGUGUAACGUGUAAUAAUAUUAUGUCCCCCGCUACAAUGCGAAUGCGUACUGCGGUUCUAUGCCGAUCUCGACGGAACAAAGGGGACGAAGAUCGGCCGUCCGCUCGUUAUCCCGAAAUUAUUACGCUCCUAAACGGUAAACGGCUCGGCCGACGCCGGAUUUUCGUGUCGAAAAUCGAAUAAUUUUUUUUUUUUUUUUUUUUUUAUAAACAGUAAAUUGUCGGGCGACAACGUUUAACUGUGAUUGGCACGAGGGCGAAAACGAGGACGCGCGUUGAAUAUCUUUUUUUCGAGUCCCGAAAACGCCCGGGCUAUACUUACAGUAAUAUUGUAGGCGUUUCGAUUCCCACCGGAACAUACCGUAUCUACCGCAACUAAAUUUUGUUCCAUUCCAAAAAUCGAUAUGUAAAAAGAAAGUCGGUACUGCUCUCGGGUAAGUCGUUGUUGCCGUCGGUGGAUAGUUGAGAACGUAAUUGAUUUUAUAUUAUGCCGAUUCAAAUCGAAAAACGAAUUUUAGCCGUGCACCGUUGGUUUACCCUUGUUGUCAAAGUAACCCAGAAAUCAGCGAAAAUAAAUAAAUAACAGUACCCUAUACCUGGGAAGAUGAUCAAGUGUUUUGAAAAAAAAAAAGAAAAACAUACAAAAAGCGUCGGAAAUUUCGAAAAUAAGUAAUUAUAUGGUGAUAACGUGUUCAAAUCUUUAAACGCCGCAUCUUUUAGGGUACGACGUGUGAAAAAAAUCGGAGCAUUUUUACUAACCAAAAAAGUGUUUUCCGAUAAAAAAAAAUAAAAAGGCGUACACAAAACGCUGAUGGGUGUGACUCUGGUUUUGGAUGAAAAUUGAACGGGAGAAUAUAUAUUACUCUGUAUAUACAGAGCAAUGUAAUAUAAUGUAUAGAUAAAUCGUUGCCAACGAAAACCGACUCUGAGCUGCAGAGUUAUAUUAUAGUCGUACUUUUUUUCAUUGGUGUCAACGUCGCAGAAAUCGAGUGAAAUUAUACCGAAUGCGCCGACUAGACGAGAAAUUCUAUUAUUUUUUUUUUUUAUGUUCCUAUAAAAUCGUCGGUUGAAGCGAGAUUUCUCCGGCAGAAAAGUCGUUUACAGACGUACGCACGAAACGAAAAAACUAAAUAAUUAUGACACAAAUUGUACCUAGUAAAUAAACGCCCGGCAUCUGAAACACGCCGCUUAUAGUAAAACUAUAAUAGCUAAUAGCUUCCUCGGAAUCUAAAAAAAAAAAAAGAAAAAACACCAAACGUAACGACGAACGAAAUCCGAAAUGGGUCGCAGUCGUUACGUGUUUUUUCGGUUUUUGUUUAUUUUCGUUUUAACGAUCCGCGCUCGCUGCACCGUAAUAAUUUAAUGUGUAACGUGUGAAUCAUAGGCGAUGUUAUUAACGUAUAAUUUAUGAACGAUCGAAUAUCGUAUAUAUAAUUAAUGUAAAUAUAUUUGUAUUUUUUUUAUUUUUUAUUAUCGUACCUAUUUCCCCCCAACCCCACCACCACCACUUCGUCUAAAACGCGGCGGCGUUUAAUAUUUAUAAAUUACAACGUGUUUAUUUGAUGGAAUUCGGGGGGGGGAGGGGAGGGGAGGCCGUUUUCUUCGGUCAGACAAAACCGUGUGUACGCCAUAUUAUAAUACCAUCGCGUAUAUAUGGUGUUUUUGUUUUUUAUAACUACGCGUAUACGACCUAUGUAAAUUAUUAUUAGUAUUUAUCUUUACAGCGCCGCCGCCGCCGCCGCGAGCUAUCAAUCGCCGUGAACUCGCGCACAAUCGGCACCUCGUCGUACGAAACGCCCGCCGAAUCACCUUUUCCCCGUCUAUCGCUGUUCGUGUGUACGGUGAAAAAAUGAAAAAAAUAAAAAUAAAAAAAAAAAACCACUCGGAACAUUAUGACGCGAGCUCGGGUGUCGGUCCCGGGAACUGUACACGCGACGCGCGCGCUGUCCUAUACUAGAAGUCGGGAACGUUUUCGCGUAAAUGAGCCAUUAAAAAAAAAAAAAAAAAAAAAAAACAUACCAUAUAGUAUAAACACUCUAGCCCAUUCUAAACAUAGAUUUUUACAGCGAAAACCUUAUUCAGCUAGAUCGACUUCAAACAAUUUAUAGACUAUACUAUCCGUCGUGUGUAGGCAUAUUAAUAAUAUAAUACACAAAAAUAAGGACAUCUCCGAUCUCUGAACCGGUUAAUUCGACGUUGAAACUACCAGCAUGCAUCAUAUCAUCAAAAAACCUACUUUGGAACGCCACUGCUGCGCCGUAUGCCGCGGUCGUAUGCGACCACAAUACCCUUUGUGCCCGGGGCCGUACUCGGGCCGGUUUUCUCUGGUCAUUUUUAAGGGUCCGGGACCCAUAAAAUUUCCCGUCGAAAAUCGGGCCUGACCGUAGACGAAUAAACGGGCCCGGGAUAUUUAGUUUGCCCGGGGGCAAAGUCGAGUGCGGCCCCGACAGGGAAAUCCCGCGUCCGUUUUCGAAAAUCCUUCGGUUUCCCACAGUAUACCCGACCUGCCGUUGCGUUACUAUUUCGCUGCGCCAUCGUCGUGCAAGGUGACGGUGCAGGUUGCGUAUCAUUCGCCACUGCAGUGACGAUGACGGACAUUUCCGAACGGUUUACAAUGUCGCCGGAUUCCGAUAGUUUCGAAUUAACCGUCGAACGUUAAUUGACAUAUGUCCGUUUUUUUUUUCUGUUCCGGUAACCGAAUACGUUUUUAAUCGCUCGAAUAGUCUGCGAUAGCGACUUAUCCGUUGUGCCCGUCGCUAUUAUAGUGUUUACAGACUGCAGUCUAUUCGCGAAUUCGGAAUAUUACAAAACGCCUAACAUUGUUGGUCUUCUGCUCCGAGUAAGUCAGUUUCACCCCGCGGGUUUUAGUCGGAAUGACGCGGGAAACGGGAAAACUUAAUCUAUACCCGCUGGGUCCGAACUCGGUUAAGGUCUGUAGAUACGGCUCCCGGUUUCGGUUUUCUUCCACACAGUGUCCACACACACAAUAGCGUAUUAUAAUUGUAUUAUUAUUAUUAUUACGUACGGUCGAAACUCGCUAAACUUGUCGUGUCUGUUACCGUUUAUAUACCGCGCACGGGAAUAACACGACGGUACGUAUUACCAUACGAUUACCGCGAUUACCAUAUUAUAAUAAUUCGUCGGCGAUGCGAUUUUUUUUUUUUUUUUUUGUAACUUCCCGCGGCGGCAUUGAUGAAACGCUAUGGUAUCGUCGCCGCUCCGCCGUUUUUUUUUUGUUUUUUUUUUUAUUAUUAUCAUCGUUAUUGUACAAUCGGUUUGAAUACAAUAUUGUUGUGGGAAAAAAAAAAUGGUAAUAAAAUUUUAAAUGAAAAUUCGUGCUGACCGCGCGGUAUAGAUAAAUAAUACAAUAGCCUAUAAUAAUAAUAAUAAUAUUAUUAUAGGUAUUUAAUUUUCGAACCUGUGCGCGACUGCAGUUCGAUACCAUGAUAUCAUCACCGCACGCGAGUGGCGGAACGGAGCACGGUUAUCGCCUUCGCGUGAUUUUCCGCCAGACGAUUUGUUUUCAAACACUUCCCAUACGACGCGUUAGAUACGUCAAAACGCGCACGGGACGCUCGAAUCAAACGUGUUUCAGAGUAUUUCAUUUAUGAUUUGAAAAUAAUACGUUUCGUAAAUUUUCCCGUUUCGCUUGCGUUUUUUUACCGUUUAUUACGAAAACUUCUUAAAAAAUCAAACCAUGACCUCCUUUGAGUGACCCCCCCCCCCUCCCCACUCAUAUUUUCUUUCAGAGAAGGUUCCACGCUUGAAAAUCGGAGCAAGGUUUCUGGUAGAAAAGUUGUUCACUUAGUUUAUUAACUAUAGUUUCCUCCCCCCCCCCGUGUUCAAGCCGAAACGGGAUGAAGGGACGGAGGGGGGAAUGACAAAGACGCUAGUCGGCGUUCUUAAUACGCGAAAACCGAUUUAUUCGCGUCGAUUUGCGGGCUGCCGGCCGGCGGUAAUAUUUGAAAAAAAAAAAUAAAAAAAUAUAUCAAACAUCAAAUUUUAUUUCGUUUGGCACGGGACAGCCGGCUGUCUUAAAGACCGCGGUAGUACAGCGUCUAAUAAUAAUAAUAAUUCCCGUGUCGCGGGGAGGACCGAAAAUCACGGAUAGAAAAAAUAACAAAAUCGAUCCGACGCGCGUCGUAUUGCCGUCGAACUUACGAGGCGCGCGCGGUUGUAUUAUAAACGCGCGCUCUCGACGGUUGUUGUUUGCAUUAGACGCUCGUUAGCCGGUCCUUGUUCUUCCCGUACGGCAACAGUAAUAAUAAUAAUAAUAAUAAUAUUCGUCUCUCGUUCGCUCGCCCGUGCAGUCUAGUUAAGGGAACAUGUGAGGAUUGAUAAAUUAUAGGUCUGCUCACGUCGGACAACCGGUUUUUUUUUUUUUCUUCGGCUCCCCGGGCGGUUUUCGAUCCGACCCGGGCCGCGUCGGGGGAGACGGAGAACGGCGGCGACGCAGACACCGGGUACCUUACGGUAUUAGGCGCCCGUCGCACCGGACCCCGUAUUCGAGAUCACGGGGAACGUUCGCGCGACGCGUUCACACGCCGCCGUUUUUUCGGUGUUUUUUUUUUUUUUUUUUUUCCCAGCGUGAAAGUCGGACGCGGCGUGCAGCCGAUUAUUACGCCGAUCGGCACAAACGAUCCCCGGAGCGUCAUAAUCAGGCCCGUCGCGCUGGGACGCGAGCGAGCCACGGUGUCGCCAAAAGCCGCUGAACUGGCGGCGAAACGAAAUUGACAAUCGUCGAAAAAUGACCGGCAUCGAAAUGUCCCGCUCUGAGGCGGAAAACACCGUGCGGCGGGCCCGAUUAUAACAUCGUUACUGUUUAGUCAAGUAUUAUUUCGUAUUGCGCUCUGGCGCUGCACGAAACCGCCUUAAUAACAGUAUAAUAAAAUAUUAUUCGUCGCCCGAGCAGGUAUUAUAAUAUUAUACGCGUUUACGGACUCUAUUAUUUUUUUAUUUUUAUUUUUUUAUUAGAAUACUGUUUCGUGCACACACGUUUACCGCGACGAUCGCAUCGUUAAACGAGAAAACUAGAGAUGUUUUUUUUUUUUUUCUUCCGUCGACCCGGGUAGGCGGGUAGGCGGUUAUUUUCAACGGCAAUUAAUAACGUGUUAUUUUCAUAUACGAUUAUCGUGAUCGGAAAGUAUACGCGUACGGUUUUUUUUAUUAUACACGGCGAUAGCGUACAAUAAUAUUUUAUGCUCGUCCGCGGCGUUUGUUAAGGAGGUUUAAUGCGUGUCCACGACGGACACGCGUUUCAGUCUACUUCGGACGCCCGGUUUAAAAUACGAUUUUGCCUACUGUGUGUCCGCGAGAAAAUUAACGAUAACAAGAUGUAUUGCGUCCAAAAAACAUAAUAACAAACGAAAUAUUAAAUGAAAACGGUUUAACGAUAUUUAAUACGAUCAAAUCAUCGUGUAGGUUUUUCUUACAAACUAUUAAAUCCUGUCUACUUAAAUACACCGACUGUGAGUGUAAGAGUGACCGGGUAAAGUCUAAAAACCGAGGGUGAGGUUUGUAAUAUUUGUUCGUGGAGUUUUUUUUUUUUAUAUGAGAAGGGAGAGUGAACACACGUGCAUAUUUACCGUAAAACGGUUUCUGGUGGAAAAAUCGUAGAAAUCAUGCGGCGUUUCGUUUACCUACUAUUCAACGAUUUAUGCGAAUCGAAAUUAAGAAAUUAUGAUUAGGUUUUUUUCACAACAAAAACGAAAUUUGCCUGUUUUUAUGAGUGGUGUUAUUUAUAUUAGAAUGUUUUUCAACUAUGAGUUAUUUGUGUCGACAUAUCAUUCAAAAUGAAGAACGUUUCUUAAAAAAAUUAAAAACCAAAUAAUUUUCGGUGGUGAAUUGAAAGAAGUUUUUAAAAACAGUGGGAAACGAGAUUCAAAGGGAAUAUGUCAAAAACCGACUUUGGCGAUGCACUAAACCGUGCGGUGUCAAACAUUUCACUAAAUACGCGAAAAAAAAAAAUAAUAAAAAAAUACUCUUAUUACAUUUGAGGAUAAAAGCGCAAUAGGAUAAGACGAUUUUUAUUUGUAGAUGUUAAACAGACAUAAAAUUACGGUGGGUAACACAUCGGACGAGUUGAAUUACCGUUGGUAAUAUCAUACAAUUUCUUUUUUUUCUUCUUAUAUAUGUAUACAGUUAAUGUAUAGAUUGUUUUUAUUUUUAAAACUUCUUUAACCCAAAUAUUUGUCAUACCUUCUCCGCGAGCUCCCCAGAUUGAAGAAGGUAGACGAAUUGCGUGAAAACUGUGCUUUGUUAAACGUCUGUAACUCCGAUUAAAACGAAAUCGAAUUUAAAACGAAAAAAUUGAAUGCGUCCCGAGACGCCGUUCAAACGCUACUUCUUCCGGUUACAUUUCCGCGUAUUUUUUUACGGUCUAAAGUUACGCAGCCGUAGGCGAUAAUGAACGAUCAUUACCACGGGCGACCACCCGAACCUUUUUUUCUCAUCCUCUCCGCAGAGUGUUAACAACAAUGUAAUCGCGUCUAUUCGCCGAUCGCGGUCGUAACAAUUACCGUAAUAAUACGACGCGUACCUGCACGACGGACCCGCGCGUUUUACGGCUGUACCGGGUGUGUUAUUACGACGUUGUUGUGUUCCGGACAAUAUAUUCCAGAGAGAACCCGAUACCCUUUGAUGGGCGAACCGUUCCUUUCCUCCGUCGACAAACCCCACCCACCUCCCGCCGACGAAACUCUUCGCGUUCGUCGGCGCUGCGCGGUCCGGUCGCGUUAUUUAAAACCGGAAAUUAUUACGACGACGACAAUUAAACCGCCGCGGUCCGCUUUGUGCGUGUGUGUUUUUUUAUUUUUUUUUUUUAUCCGUUUCCCCCGCAUAAUAAUGAGGCUUUACGCGGUAUAUUAAUUUCUUUCUGUUUCGAUCUCUCUCUCUCUCUCUUUCCGUGACUCUUUUUCCCCGGUCGUUGCAAUUAUAACAAACGAGAUAAACGGUUCGCGGGAUGCGCAUUACCGCGCCGCCGUGUUGUUAUUGUUGCGUCGGCGGUGCGCCAACAAUGUUGUUAUUGUAAAAAUACGUAUUCAAAGCGCGCGAUUACCCGGUGUUUGUCAAGACGGUUUUUCGGGGGCCCUCCCCCCUUCCCGGGGGGAGGGGGGAUUGAAAAAAGGACGCUCGAGUGUGUUCCGUACGGUUGGGUUGGAUUCGGUUACGAGCCAAUCGAUCGGCCCGAAUGUUCAAAGUCCCGGGAUUUAUACGGAGCGGAAAGGCCGCCGUUUCUGCGCCCCCUCCCUCCCCUCCCCCCGAUUAGAUUCUUAAAUAACCCCAAAAGCCGAUUGUGCGCAAACGACCGUUAAAACUCGCGUAGACCGUCCGAGUUAUAUUUCAAGGGGGAGGGGUAACGGAAAUUGCGAAAACUGUUGAAAAUCAUUAACUGCUAUAAACGCGCGGCCGAAUUACCGUUCUAAAUGGCUCAAGGCGUUGCGAUUAAAUUAUCAUGAGGUUUAUGCAUUUUAAAUAAAAAAAAAAAAAGUUAACGUAAUAUUAAAACGAUUUUAAUUAUAUUAGUUUUCAGUGCAACGCGUGUGAUAAAGUAUACGUACCGCCUUUUUGACCGAAUAAAUAAAAAGAGAUAACAAUUACACGGGAUAAUGAAUUAUAAAAAUAAACACUUCAGUUAUUGACUUCUUCUCUGGAACCGACGGACGGUUACUAAUGGUUAAUAAAGAAUAAUGUAUUGAAUCGAUUGUACCCGCGAAUCCGCCGGAUAAAGAGUUGCCGGUGUUGUCACUCGUCUCGUAUUUCAAAGGCACUCCUGUUUUUUUUUUUUUUUUCUUUUUAUAGUCAAUUUGUCUAACGACGCAAUACUGCCCGUUAUUUCUUAAAAUAAUAAAAGAGUACACUGUAGUAUCGAGAUUUUUAAAAUCUCUGGGUCUGCGACUUGUACGGUUGUCCGUGUACAAAGUACGAGACGCGUAUACUGUAGGUAUAUAUUUCAUUCGAGUACUUUCUAUUUUGUGAGAAAAUAUCAAAACUUGUAUUAUUGUGCGCGUGUAGUUUUAUCUUUAUUUAUAAUCUUUUUCCCCGUUUAUCGCCUCUUUUAUUUCUUUUAUUCGUUAAUGACGUCGGCCGUACGUUUAAAUCAUUAGUGUGUACAUUUUACCGUGUAAUUAUAUUUAUUUCGUUUACAACGUACGUAUUAUUAUUAUUGUUUUCGAUUUAAUAUACAGAAUAAAAUAUCGAUUUUUUCCUUCGGCGGCCGGGUGAAAAAUAUAAACGAAUAUACUGCGCGGUGUGUAUCGUUGUGUCUAAUCGCGUACACCUCUGUACGCCGUAUCACGCAUACCGCGUCAUUACGAUAAGGAAUACUCGCGGUCGAUUGGGGCGUGGUGGGGGGGGUGGGGUGGCGUCGAAUAAUAAUAAUAAUAAUAAUAUCGGCGGACCGUACGGCGCGCCCUGCAGUUUCGACACCGCACAGCGUCUUACUAAUCGUAACGAUAUUUGUCGUGUGCGUGCGAAAAUCUCGUUACGCCGCGUCACGCGCGAAUCGAAUUAUUACGCGAGUUCGACGGGCGGUAAAAUCGACGAUUUCUCGGUCGGCCGAACCGCGCGUACGCGGACGGACGGACGGACGGACGGACGUCAAUCCCGGGGAACAAUAAUUAGCGGCGAGAUUGCCGAGCGCGGGCAAUAUGGCGGUCGGGCGCCGGUCGCGUGUUUGCGGACGCUGUACGGCCCUCGGCCCGGCGCCGAAACGCGCGGUACGUUUCCCCGGCCGUUUUACGAAACGUCCGCGACGCGCCCCGAGAAAGUCGGUGUCCCGUGCGCGAACCCGAGAAACAUACGGGCUUACUCCGCGCGAUCGGCGGGCGGGCGACUGUUUUCGGACGAGACGAGUCGGGAAGGCGUACGGGAUGCAUAGAGAUGGGAAUUCAAUGUGUGAUCCGUGCGCGACGAUUAAUUUUUUUCUAUUAACGAAUUAGAGACCGCGGGGUCCGGUGGCUGUACAUUUUUCGAAAGGCCGUACAAUUUACGAUUUGAAUGAAAAUAAUGCGUUUCGCGAGCGGUCCCGUGAUUUUUCCCGUUCAUUAGUAAAACGGCUGAGAAAAUAAAAAAAAACGAACUCCGUGAAAUACCGCCGUGUCCCAGUCGGAUUUCCUUUCGGAAAAAAGCGCUGCACAUUCGAAAAUCGGAUCGAAAUUUACGGCGGAAAAAUUGUCCACAGAAAAAAUUAACGAACAUCAUUGCGAAACCAACACAAACCCGGCGUCCAGCGGUAGAGAAACCCCGGCGGGUCGCGUGUUCGCGCAUACCGCUCGCAGAGCCCGACCGGGACGGGAUCCGUAAAUGCGCGUCCGGGUCGCCGGGAACAUUAACUUCUGCGGUAGUUUCGGGUGGCCCACGUCGUAUAAUAAUACGCCCAUCGUUGUGGACUGAGCAGCUGCGCCGGCAAACUCCGUUCCAAAUGAUUUUUUUUUUUUUUUUUUUUUUUUUUUUUAACCGUUGCGUAAAUAUCACGAGGACCGUUUCUAAAAAAAAAAAAAAUACAAAUUAUUAUCAAACGUUAAAUACUAUUACUUACCUACCGGCGUGUACUUUGUUCUCGUUACGUUAUAAAAGACACUGCGCGCGGUGUGACGGUAUAUUAGACAAUAAACGAUAAUUUUCAAAGAACGUUUGACGGGAGAUUAGGUAGAUAUAUACGUUUUUUCGACGUGAAAUCGUUGGUUUUUUUUUUUUUUUUUUUUUCCUAAACGUUUGUCUACAUUAUAAUGUACAGGGUGAUCCGUGUACAUUUACGGCGGCCCGGUGGAUUCGAUUUCGUUUUCCUUUUCGUCGGAUCGGUUUUCAAACUAUUUAUUUAUUAAAAACCGUUUUCGAUCUCGUAUAUCCACUGUUACCCCGCUUACGUACCUUAAAUGAGUAUAUGUGAGUAGGUUUUCGAAUAGGUACGUGUUUAAACACAGAUUCGAAUAGAGAAUAAUAUUUAUCUGUAUACGCAUUUCGAUAUGCAUACCUAACGCUAAUGUAUCGGAUUUACCGGUUAUGAGUUAUAUACGCGCUUAGAGUUCGCACCGGAUGAGUACAGGGCAGGGUUAUCAAUAUAUAUUAUCUACAAAUGGAUAUGAUGAAGUUCAUUACCGUUUCCUUUAACUGAAACGUUAAUCGUUAUCGUUUAAUUUACCUGAUUACAAUAAUUAACACAGUUUUUACAUUGAACAUAUUAUUAUAGUCAAGACCGAAAACAUUACCGGGAAAAAAAAAAACAAAACAAAAAACACGAGGUAUUUAAAAAUAAAUUUUAGACCCCAAAAUCUGUUGUAUGACCCCCGUUAACUUUUCGAAUAUAAUAAAGUAAAAAUUAUUUCCAACAAAUUCGACGAUUGACGAACGAUAACAGCCGGAUCAUAUUUAAUUCUCGACAAAAUAGUUCACAAUAUUCACACUUGUUCUGAAUAUACUUGUAGAUGUCAUGUUUGUUCAUAAAAUCCUAUUCCUAUUAUGCCGGAAAAUGUAAGCGUGGGUUUAAAUCGGGACUGCGGGGCUGACCAUAUUAAGCGCAUCGAUGAAAUCGGGAAUCGGUAAGUUCCCACACGAAACAGUAAGUGGAUGUAGAUGCAUGUAGAUGAAUGUAGAUAUCUUUUUUGGGCAUUUUAAUGCGUUAUUUGUCGCAAAAAGUCGGAAUAGUAUUUACGCGGGGAUUACGAAAUUAAAAUUUUAAAAAAAUACGCUCUCAAAUUCCGCGCCAACUCGAGCAGUAAUAAUAAUACAGCGGUUUUAAAGAUAAAAACGUCACCCUCGGAAUAAUGUUUUUUUUCUUAAUUAACUGUUUUUUUUUCUUUUAUGUGGCGUAGUUUUAUUGGUGAAAAACAAAACUAAAUAAAUAUUAAAUUAACAAAAUAACGAGGACCAGGGCAGAUAUAUUUACAAUAUACUAAAAAAUAAUAAUAAUAAAUAAUAAUAAAGAAGCUCAUUAUAUAUUUAAAGGCGAACGUUGAUUUGAAUGUAAUCACCUAUAAAUUGGAUUUAUAUCUUGGAAAUACAAAAAAAGAUUAAACGGAUUAGCUCUCCCCAGCAGACGCAGAGAUGUGUCCUCGGUUACGGAGUUAAUGGAGUUGUACAGACGUAUUGUCGUUGGGAAAACGGCGGUCGGAUUUUUCACACUGUGAAUUUCGAAUACUUUACACGUUAUACAAAGUACGAGUUUUCAUAUUAAUAUAACGCGUAUCAAGUAUUAUACUAUUAUAAAUUUUGAAUUUCGUUGAUCAUUAGGCGUAUUCGUGAUAACAAAUCCUUUGACAAACCCGCCGGAAAACUCAAUAAUUCGCAUGCAAUCUCCAGCGGAAUUCAUGCGGGAAAACGGCACAAUCGCUUGCAUGCUGCCUGCAGCUAUACGUAGCCGGACGUAAUAAACGAAGGUCUAAAUGAAGUUUUAAACAGAGGUCUUAAUGAAGUUUUAAACGAACGUCUAAAUGAAAUUCUAAUGCGCGGAACCGAAUGCGCCGUCCAGUAGCGCGCACAGAGGUAGGUUAUGGGGUCACCUCCCCCCACCCCCAUCGGCAUUUCUUUCUUCACUGCAUUUUUUUAAAUCAAGUUUUACAUUCAACAACAUACUAUCUUAAACCGCAGAAUAAAAUAAAAUUUUAUUUCAUCAAAAAUCAUUUAUCCUGCUGUAAUAAUAAUGAUGUACUGAUAAUAUAUAAUAAACUUACCGCCAAAAUUAUUUUAUUUUAAAGAUACGGCUUCCUGGUCUUACUGGUUUCCUAUACGUGACACUGAUAAACUAAAGCCGUAUUGAGUAUCUGUGAAGUAUUUGUAUCGUGAAAGUAAAAAUGUUUGUAUUUUAGAUUCUGAGUGGAGCAAAGAAUCGUAUAGUUUUACAGAGAUUUUUAUUUUUUUUUAAUUAUAAAGUUUUUCUUACGUUUAUUAUCUAAACUUAGAUAUAUAAUAACAUUUUUUUUUUAACGUUUAUAUAUCAGAUGAUAUAGGUAUUAGUGAGAUUAUUUGGUUUUAAAAUUUACAUAAUACAAAUAUAAACAAUUUUUUUUUCUUAUAUACAAUUUGUUACAAUAAUUUAUCAAUCUACAAAUAAAUAUUUACAAUAAGGAAUGCUAAAAAAUUAGGACGUCGUGGGGAUGACCACGUUUGAGUCUGUGACUGUUGUGGCGGACACUUAACCCGAAAUAUACAAAUGAUAAAAAGAGACAAAAAAUAAACAGGUUAUAUUAGACAGCUCCAUAUUUUAAUUCGAUUUCAUUUAUCACAUUCAAUGUUUUAACUUCAGUUUCGUUGAUGGCAAUUUUGGGAAGUUUUUUCACGGUCAAAGCCAAACUUUUAAAAUAUAAAUCAAUAUUAUCUUAUUUUUCUGUAUUUAAAACUUGCUGAUUUUGUUCUUCAAUUAAUUUUAUAAUCUUGCUCCUUUCUUCAGCCCUUUUUGUUAAAAUAUCUGAUAGCUUUUCUUUUUUAAAACGUUUGAUUACGAAAGAAUCUUCACCCUGCAGCGGUGAGACUGAACUACUUUUAGCAUCAUCGAUAUCCUCAUCUUCAUUAUCUGUGUGUGGCCUGAUGUUGCACGUAGAACUAAAAUAAUAAUAAUAAUGAGAAUGUUUAAAUGAGUGCUAUAUUUAUUUAAACCUUAAAUAACUUUACCUUCGUUCGUUUUCAACCAUAUUUAAAAAUGAUACACGGUCUACUAAAGGCUAGACUUUUUCGCUGAACUUGCGGACCUCGUGCCGAGUUUUCUUUUGCGUCUAUUAUGCGUAUCUCUUAUGCGUUUCCAUUUCUUUUUACAUUCAUCGACUGAAAAAUAAAACUGACACGUUAAAAAAAUAACAACUAUCCUGUAUGUAACGUACAAAAUAAAUUCUAAUAAAUAAUGUAAUUUCAAGUUCAAAUCACAAGAAAAUGCGAUUUUUAAAUGCAGAAAUCAGGCCGUGCGCACAAGGUCAUUCAAUAUCUAGAAUAUAAACAUUGUGACCGUCAUUUCAGUAUUCAUCAUGCUUUUCAUUACGGUGGAUCGACUUGAGAUACUUUUAGAAAAUCCAAUUAUAAGAAAUUAUAGCGACGCUGACGCUCGCCGCUCGUACCUAGUCAAUAUACACACUUCCAUUUAAUUAUAAGAGUUUGAUUUUCUUUUUUUUCGUCGUGACGCGACGCUCGACGCCCUCUCCAACGCGCGCGCGGCUAAAUAACGAUUUUAGUUGUAAACAGUGAUCGGAGUGGCUCAAAAUAAAUGGAGGGAUGCCUAAACUUUUAUGCUAUUCUUUUAUUAUGGCUUAUACACGUGGGGGUGACUGGAGGUGGAAAUGAGUCGAACCCUAUUUAGGGCCCUUUCUUUACCCUAUCUUAUACAACCUUUUACAAUUUUAUAUUAUAUAGUAUACAUUUUUGUUUUUCAGUUUGGUGUUUUGUUUGUUGAUAUAUUUAAAUUUAAAUUUUUUUGUAUGUACAUAUAAUUAUAUUUUUUUUAAUCUAAAACGUAAAACAUAUUUACAUAAGUAUAUAAUUUAUGCGCAUACAGUUUUUCAAUAGGUUCUAAUAGUAUGCAUUAUAUCGUUAUACAGUACGUAUAAAAACGGAUAAAAAACUAAACUAUUCAUACAUUAGUCAUUACUAUAGUCUAUAGACAUAAAUAAUGACAUAAAAACACCAAUGUAAAUCGAUAGUUUUUGUAUGUAAUCAUAACGUGGACGUAUCUAUUAAUAGAUGUAAAUUUUUUGGACGACAUUUUAUUGGAAUUAUAUCAAUGCCGUGGAGGGGGAUCCAGACCCCUUAGAGACCCCUCCCUCGUAAAUCUGUAACUCGUUAUAAGUACCUGCUAAAUAUAUUAUGCAUACAAAAAUAACCAUAUCAUAAUAAAUUAAACCACGGUACGCGAUAGUUUAUCUUUGAUGAGUAAAGCUAUCUAGGCACACGUUUACGACUACCUAACCGAAUAAUAAUUUUAAUAAUUCAACCAAUAUCAUCUGAACUAUAAUUAAUUAAUCAUUACUCACCGGAUUUCCCAACGGUAUUUCCAAUGUUGGUCCAAUUAUCACCUUCAUGAACCUUGUCUUUAUAUUUAUGAUGAGCAAGGCCGUAAACAGGUCUGUCUUCCCAAUCUCUUCAAUGAGCGGUUCUCCGUCUGCCCAUGAACGUUUUGUUACACUCGACCUAAUUUCGUAUUGUCGCGACAUUACUGCUCUCGGACAGUCGGACCGGUACUGUCGUCGGUCGCAGCGACGAAGUUUUGCCGCACGUAUUACCUAGCGAUGGACGACUAGUUUUGACCAUCUAUUGUCAAUCGAUAGUUAAAAAAAACCAUCGAGUGAUUUAUCGAUUGAAUAGAUAGUUUUAUCCAUCGAUCGUUUUGAAAACUAUCGAACGAAUUAACCGAUGGAUUUCGUUCAGCAGUAUCACCCACUGAUUUUGACUGUCGAUAGUUUAAAAAUAACCGAGUGCCUUUUCAACUGAAUAGACAGUGUCGAUAGUCGAUCGUUUUUAAAACAGACCGAGUAAAUAGAUGGUUUGAAAUUAUCGAGCAUUUCGACAGUUUACACUUGGUGGUGCCCAUCACUAGUAUAACCAGUGCGGCCGCGACCGUCGUGGAGACCGCGACAACCGUAGACAGUCGUACUUUAGAGCAGUGGCCGCGUAACGUUUUUUGAUUCGCAGCCCCCCAAUUAAUUUUUUUUCGAUGGGACGACCCCCGUUCCUACUAACAUUACAUACGUGUAUAACACAUAUAUUUACUGUAAUGUAUACCAAUAAUUAUAGUCGCAUUAAUUAAAUCGUUAAUUUUAGGCAGUUUUAUUAAAUUUUGUUUAAUUCAACUUGCCCAAAUUUUUGAAUCCAAAGCAUAAAAACAAAAAAAAAAUUCCCGAAAUUACAUGAUUUACUGAGACCUUCGUGCUUGAAUUGUAGACAUAAUUGAAUUAUAUAAAAUUGUAUAUAUAUAUACAUUUUAUUCUAUAAAAAAAUUAAAUAAUAUAUUAUAAUAAUAAUUGCGUAUUUAAUCCAAAAAUAAUUACAUUUAUAAACUAUUAAAAAUGUAUGUUUUUUUCCGGAGGUGUUAGGUAGAGAGAGGUUAAACUUUUUUUUUUUGCUUAACUACAAAAAUAUGAUACGGCCCUAGAAAAAUUUUUUCCAAAUUAUCCGGCUACCUUAAGUGUCGGUAAGACACUCGUUAUCUCGGAAAGUAUUAACUUUUUCUGGAAUUUGUUUUCUAGAAUAUUUAAGAAACACGCUGUUCUUUUAUAUUUAUGUUUUUUUUGUCACCCUUAUUUUUGAAGGUAAAACCAUUACCUACUUUUGAUUUUUAAACGGCAACAAGUAUUUAAAAUUGAUGAAGUAUUAGGAUAGAUGAAGUAUUAGUUGAAUUAAAUUUCGGUGUUGAAAUUUUUGAUUUCCGUUAAUCCGUUGACGAGAUAUUUCACUUUUAAGUUCGGGUUGGCGGAGAACGGCGGUGCAUUAUUAACACGCCGCGCGCCGCACCGCCACGCAAACGAUACUCCGUUACCCUCCUCCUCCUCCUCCAACCCGAACUUUUAAGUGGAAUAUCUCGUCGGAUAAUCGACGAAUAUCAAAAAAUGUCAACGCGAAACUUUGUUUUAAACUGAUAUACUCUGUUUAUGGGCUUUUUAAACGUAAGGUUGCCAUUUGAAAAUGAAAAGUAGGCGGUCGGCGUUUUACUGGCAAACUUAAAGGCGACGAAAAAUAACAUACAUUUUUAAAACUGUAAAGCAGCUUGUUUAUUAGAUGUUCUGGAAAUACAAAUCAAUACUUUCCUCGGAUAACGAGUGUCCAAUGGUGGACACUGUCACUCUGUAUAAUGUAUACGGAGAAAACGGGCAAAAUACAAUAAUAAUCACUCACCGUUGUUUUCAUCGUUUUCCGAACAGACACGGCGCCCUCCACACUGCUGCAGCCCCGGCACUUUCGGAAAACCGCGGACGGGGCCGAUGACGGCGCGGACGGACCGACUUUGAUCGCGAUGGCGUACCGGAACGGCGACGGCGAGCUACCUGCGGCGGCCACGUGUUGACGCGCCAUGUCCAGCAGGCAUGGGCGCGCCAAACAAUACGGUCCGGAACCGCCGGCGGGCGUCUACACCAAGCCGCCGCCGCCGGUGCACGGCAACAACACGUACGGCGGGCGCGCGCAUCACCACCAGCAGCCGCAGCAGCAGCAACAGCCGCAACCGUCGUCGCAACAGCAGUUUUACGGCGAGCCCCGGCAGCCGAACAACGGCGCCGGAGUCAGGCCCCCGUCGAGCGGCCAUCACCAUCACUCGUUGCCCAGGUAAUUCGCGUCAGUUGCUCGUCGGCGUACGCGCGCCCGGCUACCGCGUAGUAGUAAAGUGCGCCGUCGACGAGGCAGCACUCGCUCGGGCAUAGCGCCCACCGAAACGGCUGAUGUUUUUCCGAUUUCCCAAAGGGGGUCGUAAUAAUUACGGCCGUCGAACGCGCGAGAAUUAUAUCAAGCACAGUUAUUGUGUAAUGUUGCGUUUGAGCGGACCGAUGCGAUUUCGUAUGUACUCCGGGCGUGUUGUUAUCGGCGUAAUAUUUACGACCAACAUUAGUUCGGAACGGUUUUUCACGAAUUUCCUCCGGCCGUUGUUUUCUCCGCGUGCCGCGUCGGCGCGAUAAAAAGCACCACCCGUUAUUCAUCAUCAUUUAUGAUCUCGUUUUUUUUUUUUUUUUUUUUUUUCUAUUACGGUCAACGGACUUAUAAUUUAUGUCUUCCUUACGCGCUGUACAUUAUCCUCGGAUACGUAUUGUAAUAUCAUGUACAGGUACGAUCGAUAUUGCUGUUUUACAUUUAGUGCCGUUUUCGCCAACGGGAGAUCGUACGCCGCGAAUCGGGCUCCGAUAAAAGCGCGAAGCGUAAACGCUUGUGGAAACGGUGGCAUUUUGCUUUUUGCGAUUUUCGAAUUAAUCGAGAAAAACUGGAGGUAAUUUACAACGACGGGUUUCUCUGUUGAUUGCGAAUCUUUUUAUUAUUGCGUACUUUUUCGUUCCGAUUCGACGGAAAAUAAUCGUAAAGACCCGACAUUUUCACCGGACACCUAUAUUGUGUAGUUCCUCGCUACGCGGUACGAUUUUCAAAACAUAACGGCGAUUUUUGAUCGAUUGUCAUUAGCCGUACGAUAUUUUCGAGGUUUUUUUUUUUUGUUUUUUCUUGAAUUUCAAUGAAAAUCGUAAAAAUCGCGGCGUUUCGAAACAUGUUUAACGGACCUUCGCUCAGAAUCGUAUAUUCUGGUUACACGUCGCGCGUUCCGGACGAGUAAAUCAAACCACUGUAAACGCCAUCCCAACUUUCCGCCUACAACUUUACUGCGGUACACGCCCGUCAGCUGCAGUGUGUACAGUAUCGGAUUUUUUUUAUUAUUUUUUUUUCUUUUUUAUUUUCGUUUAAUAUUUCAAAUUCUAAUUUUAACUACGCGGUUCAAAGUGUUGACCGGAAACCGCGUACUUUCACAGUCUUGAAAUUAUACGCGCGUAUUUAUAUACCGCAGGGCCUCGGCCAAAAUAACGAAACGCGCGCGGGUUCGUAGGCGUGACAAGACUUCGUACGCGGACGAGGGACCGUCGUCGCAUAAAAAUGUAAUAUUCUCCGCGAAUACGACAUUAUUGCGUGCGAUGUUAUUCGGCUUUUCGGCAUUUGCGAACGAUUUUCUCGGGUCUAUGAUAAUAACUUGCAUAUGAGUUUGCCCGGAAAUUCAUUAAACGGCGACACGACCACGAGCGUUCAUAAUGUUUUUGAACGAUGCGCACGUGUUUUUUGCUGAACGGAAGUUCCCGUUCUCACAUCCAUCGACGACGGCUCGUGUUUUUUAAAUUUUUUAUACGGAAUAAUCGUCGGGUUUUAUCGUAUUAAAACAUAUUCGACCGCAAUAUUAAAUAUUAAAAUAACGUUUAAUAAUCUAUUAUAAACGAGGGGAUUCUAGGGGUUCGAACUCCCUGGAACUAUUUUCCGUCUACAGUCUUCUUGACUAGAACUAGGCUUUUUGGGCCGAUUAUUCUCUAGGACAAUGGGCCGAACGCUCUCUUGUGCGUCCCUCCCUGCACAGCUGGUGUAUCUUGUCCGAGUGUUUUUUUAACGUUCUGAAGACGCUAAUUUAUUCGGUAUUCUCAGUUUCGAAUCCGACAAUCGCAGAACACGUUUCGUGUUCGCGAUGAAAAUUGAACCAUAGAACUUUAUACUUAAGAGGAAUCGCACAUAAGUUUCGAUGCGUGUAGUUUGACCAUUAUUGUUAUUUCUAUUAGGUAUACCAUAUUUUAAGUUUUCAAAUAAUUUUGUAUUUAUAUAUGUAUAUGCGACGAGGAUAUUGAUUUACCGUAUACCAAAAACCCCAUAAUGGUGUUAAAAAACAAAAUAUUAGACUCGCGGCGAAUUGUUCGCGAUCCGAUAACUGCAAUUAUGCGCAUGGUGCCCGAUCAGUGGCGUAAAAUUAGAGGUAGACAAUGGUCUCCCCCUCCCGUAUCCUGGGUAAUAAACGUGAUCCCCGUCGAUCAACGUUUUGUCAUAAAAACACGCACGUAUAGAACAGUUUUUUCCAAAGAAAAUACUAUGUACUUUAUUAGUACCUACUGUAUACUUAAUUUCGAGCAAAACACCAUAAUAAUAAAUCUACUUUCCCUUGACUUUAGAGCCAAUCCGUUUAAAACGUUCUCUCUCGCUUUAAUGGACUACAUACCGAAAUGAAAAUUUAAGAUUUCAAACAAUCGUAACACGAACAUUAACCGUUUCCGUCGAUUUAUUGUUUUUGGUCUCGUUCGGCUUCGAGGACAAAUCGGCAAUUAUUGUGUUGUCUAAUAUUAACGAGUGUAUUGUUUGUUGAUAUUUUCUUUUUGGUAAUUAAUAAUAAAACUUCGCGCUGUAUACCAUUGUGGGUUUGUGAUAAGGUCGUGAUCAGUGGCGGCGCGAAGGAGGUGUACUUGAAUCGCAACGAAACGGACAGGUGGGUCGUGGGUUCCGGGGUGUUCAGAAAUAUAACAAAAUUAUUAUGUUUUCACAAAAAACGUAAAAGAAUUUUAGACUGCGGAAAUUUGAUGAAAAAUUCAUCAGAGACCCCCCCGAGGGGACUUGGGUUUUAUCCCCGGUUUGUCGAUUUCGGGGUGCGUUCGAUAGGGGCGGGUGGAAAAUUCAGUCAGUGAUUCGAGAUAAAAUCACUUUGCGCCGCCACUGCAGAUCGUGAUAACAGUAAAAGGUGGUCGAAUAAAAGGCGAUCGGGUUUUUACUUCUGAAUUCUUAUCCUCGGAUAAGAAUUCAUACAGAAUGCAUUACGUGCGAAAUAUAAAUAACGACUAUAACGAUUUGUUUGUUUUUUUUUUUUUUCCCCCCGGACCGCAGGAAUGCUUGGAGCACGGACAGACACUCGCCGGUGGCCGGCGGAUCGUCGUCCAACAGUUCCAACGAGCGGACGUACGCGGCCAACCGUCGCGCCAAACACCACAGGGUGUACAACAGUCACCGGCAGACCUUGCGCGCCAUGCAGCACAACAAGGGCUGCGGGGGCGGUGCCACGACCGACCCGGACGCCCUGUCGUCGGUGACCACGGCCGGCGUCAAGUUCAACGCCGCGCUACAGCAGCCGCACCAUCACCAGUCGCAACACCAGUUGCAGCACCACCGGCCGCUGAUGACGGCUGCCGCGGCCUGGCUGCCGGAACCGCCGCCGCAGCCGUCGUCCGGCGGCCACCAUCACCACCACCAGCAGCAGCAGCAGCAGCAGCAGCAGCAGUCUGUGGCCGCGGCCAGCGCGCAGUACUUGUCGUCGUUACCCUCGCAGAACGCGGCGGCCGGCGCCAGACAACCGCCGCCGCCGACCGCGGCCGCGGCGGCAAACAUUCCGGGCGCGCGGUACCACCACCCCCAGCAGCAAACCGCCGCCGCCGCGGUGCCGCUGCUGAUGCCAUCGUGCGACGUGGCCGUCGACGCUUGCGGCGGCCACUGUCCGAGGUUCGAGAACUUUUGCCAUUUCUGCCUGCUGGUGAGUCGGUAUAUCACAACUGCGCCAUUAUUGGUUUGACCUGCGUCGGUUAGCUACCGGUUUCGUGUUACGAGAUUUUAGGUUCUGAACGAACCGUCAAGUUUACAACUGUUUAUUUGUUUAUUUAUUCGCGAGCAAAAUACCGUUCCGGUUUACCGGUGUACCGCCUAUUCUGAAACGCCCAUUUCCCGGGCGGUACUUUAAGGAUGUCGUUUUUUAGAUUUUCCCGGGGGAAAUUUUUUUUUAUUUUCGUUACGAUUCAAUCGAAAAUAUUCGUUGAACCUUGAAAUUUAGACCGCAGGAAACAAAUGUAUAUUUGCCUUUUCUAGACGUUUUUUUUCAAAUUUUCAAUACACUUUAACUAUGUUAGAGCUAUUUAUAGAUAUUUUAAUUUUGCGAGAUUUUACGGAAUUUUUAUUCGGUACGUGCUCUGUGGAUAAAAUUAUUAGACUAAACAGAAAUGCUUGAACAUUUCUACAGGAGGUUUAUUAUAAGUUGUACUUUGUACAAUUGAUUGCAAUGUAGAUUUUUUUUUAUAAGAAUUUCAACAUCAAAUUUUGACAAAAAUAAUAAAUAUUAUACGGCCUUUCGAAACAUUUGUAACCGAACACCGCUUAGAAUCGUUUUUCGUUUGCAACGAUUAAUCGUCGCGUACAGAUUUUACAUUAAAUUUCCAUUUUUAUAUCCUAUCUUCCCUCGUGUCAAAUAUGUCAGUCUUUUUUUUUAUACCCGCCCUCGACAGUAUCGAAACGUUUAACAAACCGUAUUGUUUGCUUUAGGCAAAUGUAUGAGAAGUAAAAGUCGGUCUAUCGCCAACAACAAUGCUAUCCUGCUGUACAAUAUCUUUGAUAAAGGCCUACUCACCCCCCCCCCCCCCCCGUCCGGACGGGCGUAUUUUUACCACUUCGCGUCAAAACCACCGAACCGAUCGAGAGUGUAUGCCGUUUACCCCUCCCUCCCCCUCCCCGUAUUCAACUCUUGAACGGCGCCCGGCACCCGACGAUACCGAUGAACCAGAACGAAACGUAAAUGAUAAGGCGGCAAUAUUAUAAUCGCGAUUCUCGAACCACACACGGUGCACCGCACUGCCCAUUAAGCGCCGCGAUACGUCCGUGCAGGUUUUCGUCGGGUUUUCCUUAUUGUCAUAAACGGAUUCGCCGUGCGUAUAGGAAAACCACACCCCUCCCUCCCCCCCUCCCCGCGCGCUCGACCGGGGUAAAAAAAGCGGCCGAACGUGUUUCCGUAAACGUGUAUAACCCCUGCAGCUGCAGUGUUACGGCGACCGCGGCACACUCGUUUUUACCUACCCCGGCGAUGUCGCCCGCUGGAAUUCGUAACGCGGCGGCGGCCGGUUACAAUAAAGCAAUCACCACAGGUGGCUUCGCCCGCGCAACGACACAUUCGGCCGGGGGAUUGUUACGCGAGAACACCGGCACCCUCCGUUUAAUUUACCGACGUUUUUUCCUUUUUUUUUUUUUUUUUUUUUUUUUUUUUUUUCGUUUUACCGUCGUUUUGUACAGGUACUUGUGUAUAUAAAUCAUACAAAUAACUAUACGGGUAUCCGAUUGUAACCCCAUACGGCGCUGUCCUAUAAAUAAUAAUAACAACAACAAAACCCCCCCCUCCUCCCCCGACUGCUCCGCCAGGGGCGGCCCGCGCGUACGUUUCGGAUGACAAAAUAAUACGUUAAAGCGAACUCUUACAGUGUUUAAUUCCAAUCGAGAACGACGGCGUGUUAUUGCCGUUCUACGGCCGACCGUUUAUACGGUCGAAACGGUUGUACGCAGUCCGGUUACAGUCCACACAUUAGGUCGGUAUGCUAACUGCGGCGCUGCAGAUGGGGCAGAUCGGCCGUUCGAUCGGGAAAUGAGUAAAACCGAUAAAACUCUUUGCCGUCGCAAUAUUUCGCUUUUCGCGUCGAUUAUGUACUGUACGAACUACACGCGGGAACGCCAGAGGAUAACAUUUUCCGUGUUCCCUCCCGCGCCGUGCGUUUCAUUCGGGCGGGUUGUUUGACAUGGCCACCCCCCCCCCCGUGUACGUUUCGAACCGCGAAACGUGUUUCGCGCGGGUACUACGCGAAACACAAUAUUGCACUGUACGCCAUGGGCGUAGCGCACCCUGGCGAACUGGGAACGACCAAAGUCCCGUCCCCCCCCCCCGGCCGUAUUUACCAGACGGAUCUUUCGUCACGAUGGUUAUCGAGAAAUAGUUUUUCAGACAACGUUCCGUAUCGACCGUAACGUUAAAACAAUAAUUCUCGGGCGCGCGAAUAGUUCAAGUCACACCGGGAGAAAAAAAAAACCGACCGAUACCUGUUGACGGGGUGUGCCGCUGUUGCGCGCGUGAAAUUGGUUAGGCGGUAUACGCAUACAAAGUCGUUUCGUUUAUGUCUGUAAGCGGAGACAAACCGUCACUGACGGGGGUACGGAUCUGAACGAAGUUCGGUUGUACGCAUAUUUUCAAUUACAUUCACACAUUGUUGUUAUUAUGAAAUGUAACGGGUAGAAAAUCAAUGUACCGUUUGAUCUCGUAAUUUGUGAAAAGCCUAAAUUUCAGGGAGGGUUCCAGAUCCCACGGACAUCCGCCCCCCCUCCCCCGGUUACGUAACCGGGGGCAACCGUCUUUUCCGAUUUCUUCAAACGUGUUCUAUCGACGUACGGUCAUUUCUGAAAACAAUACUUAUGCAAGUAUGCAACCGACCAGAAAAAAAUUGAAAGACUUGAGCAAUUUUUGGUCGGGGGGGGGGAUUAUAGUACCCGUAAGUCUCCACAAGUGUCCUGCGCGCGGAAUUCGAAUUCUAGGCUCCCGGUGUGAACAGGGACGCACUCAGGGAGAACUUAUACGACGCUUUACCCCGACCCAAAAUUAGUCUCGGUAAUACCAAUUGUGAACACGAAUUAUUAGCGGUUAAUUUAAACUUUUCUCCAUCCCCUACACCGUGUAAAAUGUCCCCGUUCCCCCGCCCAAAAAACAAAAAAAAACCAUUUGUUAGGUUAGGUCAUUAGGUUAGGUUUCAUCUGUACGCAUACGUUACAAAUGUACCCAUAGGUAAUCAAUUAAUAAUUCGUUUAUUUGCAGGUGUUUUAUUUCUCGGGCAUCACGGUGGGUUUCCUGUUGAUCAUGGCGGCCAUAGUGACGACCCGGGACCCGAGAUUCUUGUACAUCGGCGGCCUGGUCCUGCCGGUCAGCGCGUUCCUGAUGGCCGUCCAGUGUCGCGUGCGGCAGGACGCCGACCGUCGGAAACGGCACAGGCAGCACCUGCACCAAAGGUCAAACAUCGCCGCGGCGAACAACAGCAACGGCCCGGGACAGCCCGCCGCGUCCACGGUCGUGGUCUCGGCCGAGACCAUACCCUUGCAGAACAUCAUGGUGGCCGGCGGCGGGGCCGGCGACACCCUCCGCCGGCAGUUCCAGGGCAACGUCUACCAGUACGUCGGCCAGAGCGAAUCCAACUACACCGGCGGCACGGUCGCCAACGGUCAUCAUUACGAGGCGGCCCCCGACCAAAAACAGUGAGUGGAUUGAAUGCGUUCGAAUUGACUACGGGCAGUAGGAGUGUGAUGCGACACGAAUCCGGAUUUCGGAUUAUGAAAUCCGAAUUUCGAAAAAAAAAAAAUCAAUUAUUUUGAUGAUAUAAAAUCUAAGUGUAGUUGUGAAAAUUAAUCGUGUGUAUUAUAUACAAAACAAUAUUUAUUCAAUGUUUCAAAGGGCGGAACCGUUUUCGGCCAGUGCGCUAUUUUGGUAACCAACGUAAGUUUUAUAAUUUAAAAAAAAAAAUUAAAAAAACCAUAAUAUGCAUACAAUUACAAUUAUGUUUCUUUUAUUUUUGAUACCCAUGAUGUUUAAAAUAAUUAAGAAAAGAAUACGAAGUAAAAACAAAAUUGUUGGAUUUACUUAUUGCGUUCGUAUUGCAUGAUUGAAAUAAACUGUUUAAACGGUUUUCAACCAUCAUAUUUUGAUGACCAAUAUUUUUUUAUGAAUCGUUAAAACAAUUUUGUUUUUGUUUUUUCGUUGAAAAAUAUGAAGAUACAAUUUUAAACUUCUUUUUUUUUUCAUUAUAUCGUACCCUAUAUGGCUACACGAAAUCGAAACAGUAAAGUUACCUGCAUAAAUACAGAGGAAGCGAUCGCCACUGUAAUCCUACAUUAAUGGCCAAAAUAGCGUACUGGCCGAAAACAGUUAUUAUGGAAUGGCCGAAAGGGCAAAGGUUCAUUUUGGCCGAUAUGGGUCCCAUCCGUUUCAAAAUCCAAAAUCCGGUAUUUUCGAACUUCGACAAAACCCGAUUUUUCCCAUCACGUAUAGGCGGUUAAUUCGUUCAACGUUCAAAAAUGUACGAAAAAUAUAACACAAAACGUGUUCUUGUUCUAUCGGAAUCGAUUUGUUCCAAAUCGCGCGUUAUGGUCAUGUUUUCAACAAUCUUUUUAACUUUAAACAUUUUGGUUUGAAACAACAGAUUUUACAUUGGGAAACUAGAGAAAUAAUAUAAACAUUUUUUCAAGUUUCAAUAAAUUACUUUUUCGUACAGAAAUUAUUCGUGCCAUCAACUCAAGCUUAAUACACAUUGUUCAGAUUUCUUCAAUUAAAGCUUCUAUACGAAAAGAACAAACAAUUAUUUACAUAUUUAAUAAAAUUACCAAGGCCCAAGUUAACUUGUUUACCUACCUAGUAAAAAUUAAAUUUUAGUUUUCUAAAAACGUGUCUUGUAUUACACGGCAUCAUAUUACAAAUAUUUUUAAUUUUGCAAUUUUGUGUUUUAGAAUUGAAGGAGUACCGUGGUGGAGACGAGAAGACAACCGAUCGUAUCACAGUCGCGCCCCUCACCUGUAACCUAACCCUCCAAUGGUUAUAAUUAUCUUCUUUUUUUUUUUUUCAUGUAUUAAAUUUGUGUAAUUUUUCUUUUUUUGACACUAAUUUUGUUCCCACCCAUUGUGCUUGUACAUAUUAUAUUAAACAACAUUAUGUUUCGAUUAAAAUUGUAUUUAUAUUUAUCC